AUGGCUCUGAGCUUCUGCAUACAGAGUAUCCUCGUGCUCGGAGCUUUGGUGCACGGCGCCAUUGCUCAAGACCCUGCGUCCUCUGAGGUCCUCUCCACCUCAAGACUGUCUUCGAACUCAGAGUCUACCAGUGAAACAUCAAUCGUGGUGACCACAUCCAACAACACCACUUCUACAACGUAUUCUAUCCGGGAACCCAUCACGACCUGGAACAUCACAACAUCCACUACGGAUGAAUCAUGGCCACCAAAGGCAACCCAACCCGGACAGCCCAGUGGAUGCAACCGCUGGCACCUAGUCAUGGCGGGUAGCACGUGCAACAACAUCAUCAACAGAUACUCGGCCUUUAUGACACGAGAAGAAUUCUUCGAAUGGAACCCAGAGCUGCACACCGACUGUUCCGGGCUGUUCGUCGACUACUACGUCUGCGUGGGUAUACGCUCCAACGCAACAGCGGACCUUGAAUGGUCCACCUCUACGCCACCUUUCACGCCGCCUCCAGAACCAACCACUCACCUGCCCACCACGGUCACAUCCAUCGACUCCAACUUCACGCCCGAACCAACGCACGGCGCUAUGCCUGAGGACUGUGCACAUUUUCACCAAGCCGCUCCCGACGAAACCUGCCGCAGCAUCCUCAAGACCUACAGCUACAUCACCGAGGCCCAGUUCUUCGAGUGGAACCCUGUGCUCAAGAACAACUGCGACGGCUUGUGGAAGGAUACUUGGUACUGCGUCGGCCUGAAGGACCAGCGACCCCUCCCGCCUACGGUGACGACGAGGCCCUCGUCCGUGCCAGAGAACAGUGCCAAGGACUGCAACCGGUGGUACUACACCACUGGCGGAGAAACGUGCGAGGACAUCGCCAUCAUGUUUGGCGGCUUCGACGCCAAGGGAUUCAUUGCCAUGAAUCCCUCGGUGCUGAGCGACUGUUCCGAUAUUGAGGACCGUAUGUGGUACUGCGUGGGUACGCCGGAUACGCCAUCUAAUACUGCCACCCAGGCCCCCAGCCAGCCAGAGUCUGCGACGGGAAGAGUGACGCAGACAGGCAUCUCCGAGGACUGUGAGGCGUAUUGGCUUGUAUCGAGGCAGGAUACGUGCGAGUCUAUCAGUGAGGCGAACGGAAAUAGCUCGGCGGAUUUGAUUGCUUGGAACACGGCUUUGGGAUCGGAUUGCAAGGGACUGGAGGCGAACUACUACGUGUGUGUGCGUGCUGGCGUAGUUGUUUCGUCUUCAGCUACCGCCACCACCACUGAGAACGAAUCCUUAACAAGCGCGUUUAGCUAA